UCCCCAUUUUACACUUAGGAGACACAAGAAACUUGAGUGUUCUUCCUCUUAGUUUUCUUCUUUUAUUCCCUUUUCUUCCUUGAAAGUUUUUCUCCUCUCCGUCUUUUAAAAUCCUUGAGCCUGGAUUAAAAGACUAAAAAAAUGGAGGGACAAGGAUGCUUUGGCAAUUUUGUUCAGAGAUGUAAGCCUUACAUAGCCAUGAUUUCUCUGCAAUUUGGCUAUGCUGGCAUGAACAUCAUCUCUAAGGUUUCACUCAACCGAGGAAUGAGCCAUUAUGUCCUGGUCGUCUACAGGCACGCCUUUGCUACCGCAGUUAUCGCUCCUUUUGCUCUAGUUCUCGAGAGGAAAGUGAGGCCAAAGAUUACAUUUCCGAUAUUCAUGCAGAUUUUUGUUCUGGGGCUUCUUGGGCCAGUGAUUGAUCAGAACUUAUACUACGCCGGCUUGAAAUUCACAUCGCCUACCUACUCUUGUGCCAUAAGCAAUAUGCUCCCAGCAAUGACCUUCGUCAUGGCAGUUCUUUGCAGGAUGGAGAAGUUGAACAUGAAGAAAGUUAGAUGCCAAGCAAAGGUGGUGGGAACAAUAGCGACGGUGGCUGGAGCCAUGUUGAUGACACUUUACAAAGGACAAGUCCUUAAUUUUGUGUGGUCUCAGCACAUGCAUCACCCUAAAUCCUAUACCCCUGAAGAUGCCACUGGAUCUGCUGACAAGGACUGGUUUAAGGGUUCCAUGCUUCUCAUCAUUGCUACCUUUGCAUGGGCUUCUUUCUUCAUCAUUCAGGCAAUUACAAUGAAGAGAUACUCAGCUCACCUCUCACUCACAGCCCUUGUGUGCUUCAUGGGCACACUCCAGUCUGUAGCUGUCACUCUUGUUUUGGAGCACAAGCCCUCUGCUUGGAGCAUUGGCUGGGAUAUGAACCUUCUUGCAGCUGCCUAUGCUGGUAUAGUGUCAUCCAGCAUUGCCUACUAUGUCCAAGGGUUGGUCAUGCAGAAAAGAGGGCCUGUCUUUGUCACAGCUUUUAGCCCUCUGAUGAUGAUCAUUGUUGCCAUCAUGGGCUCUUUCAUCCUCGCUGAAAAGAUUUACCUUGGAGGUAUUCUAGGCUCUUUAUUAAUCGUAAUGGGAUUAUACUCGGUUCUGUGGGGAAAGUACAAGGAAUACAAAGAAAAGGAAGCCAUUGAAGAAAUUCCUGAACCAGUAAAGGUAACUGGAGGAGUGAAUGGCCGGAUGGCAACCGUGAUGGAAGACAUGGAAGCAAAUGACAUCGAAAUACAGAAGAGUACUACUGAAGCUAACAAGGAGACCGUUCCCGUGCCUGCAGCCACUGGUGUUCCCAUCCCGCUGCCCCCCAUGAUAUAGGUAGCUGUGGAAUUAAGCACCAAAAGCCUAAGCAUGCAGCAUAAAGGAGAGAGUGAGAAAUAGAGAGACAAGAUUGCGUUGUUGCAUGCACGGUGACGAGGGGAAGGAGGCCGGAGGGAGGGUGGCCGGGGCUUUUUUGUCCCUCUAUGUAAUCUUCAGUAUUUUUUUUUUUCUUUGUUUUUCCUUUUAGGUUUUUAUCACUGAGUUACAAGUCUGUAUGGGCCUUGUAUCUUUCAAGUAAGCUUAUAUUUCGCCAAAAAAAA